GUAUCUUUAUUGCAGCGGGAUCCGCGAUGUCUUUCGGCGACAACAACUCCGGCUUCCAAGCCGGAAUAAUCAACGGUGCAGUCAAUACAAACUUUUAUCACAAUGCUUCUCCUGAACGGUUAGAAACUCCACCUAACCCAGCGGCCCUCAUACCCUUCAGUCGCGAUAAAGACUUUGUCGAGCGAGGGACAAUACUCGACCAAAUCUACGAGAAGUUCACUGCUUCAGGUUCUCGAACUGUGCUUGUUGGUCUAGGCGGCGUCGGCAAAUCUCAACUUGCUAUUGAAUACGCGUACCAAACCCGAGAUCGAUCACAGGAGACAUGGGUUUUCUGGGUCCAUGCAAGUAAUACCGCCCGAUUUGAGCAAAGUUUUCGAGAGAUUGCAAACUGCGUGAAGAUUCCUGGCCGGCAAAAUCCACAGGCCAAUGUGUUUCAGCUUGUGCAUGACUGGCUCCACGAUGAUAGGAAGGGCAAGUGGCUUGUUAUACUUGAUAAUGCGGAUGAUGCUAGCUUUCUGGUCCAAGCUCAAAGUAAGGGCCGAGACGGGCAAACAAGCAAUAACAUUGAGAACACACGACCGCUUAUAACAUAUCUUCCACAUUGCCCAAAUGGAUCGAUCCUUGUAACAACACGAAGCAGGGAUGCUGCGCUAAAGCUAGUUGAACAACGCGACAUUAUUGCAAUCGGACCUAUGGGGAUGGUAGAGGCGCUAGCACUUGUUGAAAAGAAGCUAGAAAAGUGUGACAAUGACGACAAUACCGCCGAGCUUGUUGAGGCACUAGAGUUUAUGCCGCUUGCUAUUGUUCAGGCAGCUUCAUACAUAUCGAAAAGAAUGCCACGUUAUUCUUUACAAGAUUAUCUCAAAGACUUUCGAAAAAGUGAUCGCAAAAGAACAAGUCUUCUUGACCGUGAUAGCGAACAGCUCCGUCGAGAUUGGGAAGCGAAGAAUUCUAUUCUUAUUACAUGGCAAAUAUCGUUUGACUACAUCCGUAAAAUAAGAUCAACCGCUGCUGACUUAUUGUCGCUUAUGAGCUUUUUUGAUCGGCAAGGAAUCCCCGAGGCUCUUCUGCGAAGUCCAGAUACGCAUAGAAACCUGCAUCGAAACCAGAAAAAAAGGAGUGAUGAUGAUGAUGAUCAUAAUAGCAUCAGUACUGCAUGUAGUGAUGACGAUACAGAUAAAACUUCGCAGUCUAGCAUAAAUGAUGAAUUUGAGGACGAUAUCUCACUUUUACAAGACUACUCGUUCAUCUCCGUAACUGCAGAUCGCACAACAUUUGAAAUGCACAGACUGGUACAACUAGCUACACGAAAAUGGCUUGAAGAUCAGAAACAGCAAGAGAAAUGGAAACAGCAAUUUAUCAAAAAUCUUAACGAAGAGCUUCCAACAGGAGAGUACGAGAACUGGGUACAGUGUCGGACGCUUUUUCCACAUGCAAAAUUAGCACUAUUACAUGAGCCCGAGGAACAGAACUCGUUACAAGAAUGGGCUUCAAUACUGUAUAAGGCAGGAUGGUACGCGUGGCAGAUGGGGAAUGGCAAGGAUGCGGAAAAGCUAUCGGUAAAGUCAAUGAAAGUUAGAAAAAAGAUCUUCGGACGAGAACAUGAUGAUACGCUAAAUAGUAUGGCAAUAGUAGGCUUGGUUUAUGAAUCUAGAGGCCAGUGGGAUGCUGCUGAAGAGCUACAGGUCCAAGUGAUGGAGACUUGCCAGAAGAAACUUGGAGUGGAUCAUCCAGAUACACUUACCAGCAUGGGUAAUCUAGCGCUUACAUAUCGCAUUCAAGGACGAUGGGAUGCGGCUGAAGAGCUACAGGUCCAAGUGAUGGAGAUUUGCAAGAAGAAACUUGGAGUGAAUCACCCACAUACACUUACCAGCAUGGGUAAUCUAGCGCUUACAUAUUACAAUCAAGGACGAUUGGAUGCUGCUGAAGAGCUAGAUGUGCAAGUGAUGGAGACUUGCAAGAAGAAACUUGGAGUGGAUCAUCCAGACACACUUACCAACAUGAGUAAUCUAGCAUUGACAUAUUCCAACCAAGGACGAUGGGAUGCGGCUGAAGAGCUACAGGUGCAAGUGAUGGAGACUUGCAAGAAGAAACUUGGAGUGGAUCAUCCUUUCACACUUACCAACAUGGGUAAUCUAGCAUCAACAUAUUGCAUUCAAGGACGAUGGGAUGCGGCUGAAGAGCUACAGGUGCAAGUGAUGGAGACUUGCAAGAAGAAAAUUGGAGUGGAUCAUCCAGAUACACUUACCAGCAUGGGUAAUCUAGCAUCAACAUAUUGCAUUCAAGGACGAUGGGAUGCGGCUGAAGAGCUACAGGUGCAAGUGAUGGAGACUUGCAAGAAGAAACUUGGAGUGGAUCAUCCAGAUACACUUAUCAGCAUGGGUAAUCUAGCAUCAACAUAUCGCAUUCAAGGACGGUGGGAUGCUGCUGAAGAGCUACAGGUGCAAGUGAUGGAGAUUUGCAAGAAGAAACUUGGAGUGAAUCACCCACAUACACUUACCAGCAUGGGUAAUCUAGCGCUUACAUAUUACAAUCAAGGACGAUUGGAUACUGCUGAAGAGCUAGAGGUGCAAGUGAUGGAGACUCGCAAGAAGAAACUUGGAGUGGAUCAUCCUUUCACACUUACCAGCAUGGCCAACCUUGCCUACACAUGGAAGGAACAGGAUCGACAUGAAGAAGCUCUGAAGCUAAUGGAGGAAUGUGUAGUAUUACGGACCAAGAUUUUAGGUAUCAACCACCCUCAAACUUUGUCUUCUCAUAAAAAUUUACUUGUAUGGCGAACAGUGGAGUUAGGAAUUGAUGCUUCGGCUGGUAGAAACCUGGAUGCAAAAUAAUCCACGCAAGCAGAAUCAAUACGAUAGCGCACUCUUGUCUGGGUUUGGGCCCAUUUCGCUAUGUACCUCUUUUCUAUAUACGCAAACUAGCGUUCAUCUCAGACCUUCUUCACUCUCUGAUUCAUAAUCUUAAUCAUAAUACGAUUUGACUUCGAUGAAUUGUAUCCUUUAACA